AUGUCCAACCUGGAUAAGAAAUCUAUAGACCAGUACGGUCGCCAAACCUGGAAUAUUGACGCGUAUGCUGAAGAAGCUCGGCAUAGAAGGAGAAAUAUUGCUCAAGACACAACUCCAUUCCACUACAUAGUCGACAAGAAUGUAGAUGACUCCAAAACACAUAUCAAACAGAGGAAUACACUACUUGAAGAGUCACUCAAUGCUGUUCAAAAGUUCAACCUCAUCAACCCAGAAAAAGCAUCUACAUCGACUUUUGGAGCAAAGAAAAGGUUUGGUUUCGUAUGCCCUGUGUGUGACUUAUCAUUUCGUGACAAUUUGGCAUUGAUUGAUCACUUUAAUUCACCGCAACAUGUUAGCAAAGUGUUUCAGCAGAACAGAUCUGCUGAGGAGCCACAUACAGAGUUAUUGGAUGGCGGGAUUCGACGAGCGACUCUCAAGGAAGUAGUCACCGUGAUGGAAAGUUUAGUUGCUAAACGUUUGAACGAGAAAAGCUUGCAACCAGAGGACGGGCCAUCUUUUGCCGAAAGGGUUGAAAUGAGGAAAAAGUUUGAAGAAGAGAAAAAGAGGAAGCGAUCGGAAAAGCGUAAGCUCCAGCAAAAUCGAAAGAAGCGGAAAAUAGAAAGAGAACCGAACGACAAGACUGUAGAUUUUGAUGUAAAUGAAGUGAUGGGGUUUACAGAAUUCGGCUCAUCCAAAUCGAAAUAG